AUGAGGUUCUUGUGCCUCUCCAUCAAAUAUCAUGAGUUCGUGCGUCUCUCCAUCAAAUAUCACGAGGUUCGUGCGCCUCACCAGCAAAUAUUACGAGGUUCGUACGCCUCACCAACAAUUAUUACGAGGUUUGUCCACCUCUCCAUCAAAUAUCACGAGGUUCAUACGCCUCACCAGCAAUUAUUACCAGGUUCGUGCGCCUCACCAGCAAUUAUUACAAGGUUCGUGCGCUUCACCAGCAAUUGUUACGAGGUUUAUGCACCUCUCAACAAAUAUCACGAGGUUUAUGCGUCUAUCCAUCAAAUAUCACGAGUUACAACAGAAUGUACAUGUGACGAAGAAGACGAGAAUCGUGACAGAGGAAAAACUUCAAGGUACAAAAUAACAACUUUGGUAUCAAUUUUAAUUGCCGAUGCAGUUAGGGUGUGUAUUCCUCUUCUGGGAAAAGUCAUACUAGCGUUAAGUCAGGAUAAGAAUGUUUUCUUCCUAAUAAAAGCUUUUGUUGUUGGUGUGAUUCUAGCCACUAGAUUCAUCCACAUAUUACCAGAUGUUUUUGCGAAUCUGACCUCACCUUGCUUAAAAGAGCAUCCAUGGGAGAUUUUCCCUUCAUUGGGUAUUGCCAUGGGAACUCUCAUGGUUGAUACUUAUGCCACUGCUUAUUUACAGAAAUAUCAUUCCAAAGAAGUACAAAAUGAGAGUAAAGAUGUGGAGAAAGAGACAGGGCACGAAGGACAUGUGCAUGCUCACACACAUGCAAUACAAGGCCAUGUUCAUGGCCCUGUUUAUUUUCACGAUCACUCCUUCCAGCUUCUUCGCCAUCGAGUCAUAUCACAUGUGUUGGAAUUAGGAAUUAUUGUUCACUCUGUUAUCAUUGGAAUUUCAUUGGGAGCUUCAAAAAAUCCUAACACCAUAAGACCACUCGUAGCUGCUUUGACUUUUCAUCAAUUCUUUGAAGGCAUGGGACUUGGAAACACUAUAUCUCAGGCAAACUUCAAAAGGGUAUCUGUCACCAUGAUGGGAUUGUUCUUUGCCUUGACUACUCCAAUAGGAAUUGGAAUUGGCAUUGGAAUAUCAAGUGUUUAUGAUGACCCAAUUACUCUCAUUGUGGAAGGAGUUUUUAAUGCAGCUUCAGCAAGAAUCUUAAUUUACAUGGCUCUGAUUGAUCUUCUUGCCCAUGAUUUCAUGAGUCCAAGAAUACAACAAAGUAGCAGACUCUGUUUUCGAGCCAAUGUUUGUCUUUUGCUUGGAGCUGGUUUGAUGUCUCUCGUAGCUAAAUGGGCUUAA